AUGGUUCGUCCUGAAAUAAAAGAAAAAGAAACAAAACGAACCCAUACUCUGGACUUUCUUUGUGGCUGGGCUGCUGGCUGCAUUGAAACAUGUUUGCUUUUUCCAUCGUAUAAAAUAAUUUUUCGGCAGCAGUUACAUGGUUUCACUGCCAAAGAUGCCGUAGGACAGCUGAAAUCAGAAGGUUUAAGUCUACUCUAUCGAGGACUACUACCUCCGCUCAUCAUGAGAACUUCCUCACGAGCUCUCAUGUUUGGGCUUUACGAUAAAUUUCAGGAAACCUUAUCCUGCCCCCAUUCACCGCCUAAUACUUCUCUUUCAAUUUGUCACGCACAAGCAGCGUUCUUGGCAGGAUUGUGUGAAGCAUCUUUGUGUCCACUAGAAAGAGUACAGGUCCUUCUACAAACUUCUCGUUAUCACGACGACUUCAAAAAUACGGGGGCAGCUUUGAGAGCAAUUAAGGGUUACGGCUAUCGUGAGUAUUACCGAGGUUUCUCCGUGGUGAUGGCUAGAAAUAGUCUUUCGAAUUCCCUGUUUUUCACCUUCAGAGAACCUUUCAAGCAAAUGGUUCUUCGUUCUGAAUUACCGUUGCCCAAUAACGUGUUACAAAUUGUCGCAGAUUUCAUAUCAGGAGCAGUGCUAGGAGCCUCCAUUUCAACUCUAUUCUAUCCCUUAAAUGUUGUUAAGAACCAUAUGCAGAGCAAAGUUGGAGCCCAGUUUGAAAACCCAUUUAAAGUUUUCACGGAAAUUUGGAAGGAAAGGAACGCAUCCAUACGAGGAUUAUAUUUAGGAGUUCACUUGAAUUUCACACGAUCUCUGCUGGCUUGGGGAAUCACUAAUAGUGUGUACGAACUUCUACGCAGAUUGAUGUCUAUAUAG